AUGUUGGGUCGUGCUGCUUCAAUAGGAUCCUCCAUCUCAAAUACCACCUUCAAGACUGCUGAAGAUUGUAUAACGAAGCUAGAAGGCGACUUGCAGGAAAGAUCUGUUGACCAAGAUGAAAUUAAGAAAAUUAAAAGCAUAGCCACCUCACUAGGCGAUGAGUUCCUGGCAGAAAUGAAUAUGUGGUACGGGGCUAAAGAACUAGCCAGUAGAUGGAAUGGCUUUCCCUGUUUUGGCAAAACCAUUUUGCCAAAACUCCUUUGAGCUUUAUCAACUUCCACUGUCUCACCUUCUGGAGGCUGAUAUCCAAGCGUACUGUAAAGCUAGUAGAGAGGACAAGGAAACAUCCGAAAGAUUCGAUUGGAUCCGUCAAAACCUCAAAUGGUAUGACCAACAUGCUCAAAUUUCAACAAGUGGCUACUACGAGGAAAGAAGAGCAUGCGGUGAUACAAAUUGUUGUGGCACAAGAAUGUUGCCCCUUGGUGUACCCCAGACACCAAAACCAUCAACAACGAACAUAAAACACUACGAAAAUUCAAGAUUGGUACAAGAACUUUUGAAUGAUGAGGAAGCAUUGGAAAUCAGACUAGCUGGCCUUAACCUAUUCGCAGAAAUUCCUGUAGAUGAAGAGCGCUAUCGUCAAAUGGACUAUUUUUUACCAUCGAAUGCUCUUGAAGUUGUGUUUACGCACAGACACGGCUUGACUGAAAAGGAUAUGGAAGAUUUUCAGAAGGUGUUUCCCUGUCCUGAGGAAAGUCUAAAAGAAGAAGUAAGAAAGCACUUAGAAAAGGAGAAAGCAAAGGAAAGGCAGAAGCUGCCAAUUUCUCUGAAUGAGAAGUUGUCUCCCGAUAAACUUCACAGUGAAAGAAUUCCGAGGUUAACAGAGACUCUUAGAGAAAUCUGCAGUUGCUGCAAUGUGGUUUGUCCGUGGAGAGUGACAGGAGUCAAAUACGACUUAGUUUCACGAAUUAUGGAACACUCAACUAAAUGUCAAGUCAUCGUAGGAAGAGAAAUUGAGAAAAUGAACCGAGUUUCCGUGGAAAAAGAGCUCAGAGACGUCCACUCUUUACCAACAAGUGGAAGUACCAAAGACGUGAAAGAGCGGCUUGCGAGGGCUCGAGAAAAGAAGUGGCUUCCACCAAAACCGAUUCAGGAGGCCCAAAGCACAGCUCAGAGUAAUACCGGGCUGACUGAAGAUUUCUUGUUGCUUUCCUCCGUCAUAAACACCGUUAUAGAAUCCUCGUAA